AUGACAGACCGAGAUAUUCCAUCUGGCUUCUCAUUCUCAUGUACACCUGGAAGGGAAGGUCCUAAAGGACAACAAGAAUAUCCAGGAGUACCUGGAAAACCAGGAGUUAUUGAUUUAUCAGGGCAAAAGCGUGAACCAGGUAUGCAAGGGCCUGAUGGGCCUAAAGGAUUUCCGGGUGCACGUGGACGUCCCGGUCCUAUAGGUAUUACUGGAAUAGAUGGUAUGCCGGGAGAAAAAGGAGACAAGGGCGAAGUUGGUUAUCCAGGCUUACCAGGGUUACCUGGCUUAAACGGUCCAAUUGGUCCUGUUGGCGCUCCUGGGCUUAAAGGAGACCAAGGUUUUGAAGGUCCCCCUGGACCACCAGGCAGAAUGGGUCUACCAGGCGAUAAAGGUGAUAGAGGUUUUUCUGGUGCUCCUGGGCCUAAAGGAGAACCUGGCUUAGCUUCAGAUAAAGGAGCACAAACAUAA